GUCGCCGUCCAGCAGGGAACGGACACAGGAGAGAUGCGUGCGAAAAGGCCCCGCAUGAGCGCCGCCUGUAGGAGGCGUCCGGAGAGGCCCCAGAUGAGCACUGCCAGUAGGAGGCGUCCGGAGAGGCCCCAGAUGAGCACUGCCAGUAGGAGGCGUCCGGACAGGCCCCAGAUGAGCACUGCCAGAAGGAGGCGUCCGGAGAGGCCCCAGAUGAGCACUGCCAGUAGGAGGCGUCCGGAGAGGCCCCAGAUGAACACCGCCCGUAGGAGGCGUCCGGAGAGGCCCCGAAGAGGCCGCGGAGACGACACCCUCACUAAGGUGAAUAAGUUUUUGCAGCCGUUCUGUCUGUCGAAGAAGGUCUUACUUGGGGUUUCUUCCAAGCUGAGGUGGGACAUGAUCCGAGGUUUGGGGAAAUACACCCACCUCCGCUCACCUGUUAAGAUGCUCCCUACCUUCGUACGCGCCACACCGGAUGGCACAGAGAAGGGCAACUUCCUGGUGUUGGAUUUAGGGGGCACAAAAUUACGUCUGGUGCAUGUGCGCAUGGGGGAAGACCCGAGGAACGUGCAGAACAUGGGCAGUGAGGAAUAUGUCGUCUCGGAGAACAUCAAGAAAGGAUCAGGACAACAGUUGUUUGACCACAUAGCGUCCUGUCUGUCAAAGUUUCUGGACUCUCUGAAACUGAAGCAGCAGACUCUUCCUCUGGGCUUCAGCUUCUCCUUCCCCUGUGAGCAGAAAGACAUCGACAAGGCUAUCCUGAUCAACUGGACCAAAAGCUUCAGCUGCUCUGGGGUGGAAGGGAAGGAUGUGGUCCAGUUACUCCGAGACGCCAUUCGCAGGAGAGGGGGCUAUGACAUUGGCCCGGUGGCCGUGGUGAACGACACAGUGGGGACGAUGAUGAGCUAUGGGUAUCGGUGCCAGAGCUGCGAGAUUGGCCUAAUUAUUGGUACAGGAACGAAUGCCUGCUACAUGGAGAAGAUGAAGAAUGUGAAGCGGGUGGAGGGGGAGGAUGGGCAGAUGUGCAUCAAUACAGAGUGGGGGGCCUUUGGAGAUGACGGUGCCCUGAAAGACAUCCAGACAGAGUUUGACGUGGCGCUGGACAGAACGACCGACAACGCCGGUUUCCAAACGUUUGAGAAGAUGAUCGGUGGUAAGUAUCUGGGAGAGAUCGUGCGCUUGGUGCUGGUGAAACUGGCCGAGGAUGGGCUGCUGUUUGAUGGACAGCUGUCAGACAAACUGCUGACACACGGGAGCUUUGAGACACGCUUAAUGUCCCACAUAGAGGAGGAGGAGUCUGGUCUGGAGAAAACUCGGGAGAUCCUGGUGGGUUUGGGUCUGGAGGCCGGGCCAGUGGACUGUCAGGUGGUGCGUCUGGUCUGUGACACCGUGUCCACGCGCUCUGCCAGCCUCUGCGCCGCUGGCCUGGCAACCAUCGCCAACCAGAUCCGCCUCAACUGUGGCCUGGACCGUCGGAAGACCACGGUGGGGGUGGACGGGGCAGUCUACAAAAAACACCCCAAUUUCCGCGACCAGCUACAGGCGACAGUUCAAGGACUCGCCCCCGAGUGUGAGAUCAACUUCCUGUGCCUCGGAGACGGCGAGGGCAAAGCAGAGCAAAGCAAAGCGUUCGAAAGCGGCGAGGGCGCUGCCAUAGUAAUGGCCGUGGCCCAGCGGCUGGCUCGGCAGGAAGAGGCGGAGGGAGGUGCAUAAGGUCAGGGAAUACAUUCAGAAGCUGUUUUACAUUAGCGGAUGAUACAAAUGGUAAAUGAAGCAACUCCCUGAAGUGUUCCGGCAAGAAGUCCUACGCUUGUUUUAAGUUUUAAAGAGGCGACGCGCGAGAGUUUGCAUGUUUUAGUCCCCCUGAUUUCUUGUUGAACUCUUUCAGCAAGGUUUUCAGAGUUUCAUAUAAAAAUGCUCAAUUUCAAUAAAAAGAAA